AUGGCGGACAGCCCCAACAUCAUAGAAGAUCUUCCGACUGAUGAUCGCGAUGAUUUUAUCAAAGACUUCUUUCCAGCGACGACCGACGAAUUUGUAGCAAAGUGUGGAGAAGUCAAGGCGUUAUGUGCUUCUGACUUUGAUGAUGUUCAUCGUCGGCGUCAUUUAGAUUCUUUUAAGAAGUCAUGGCAGGAGUGGGCGACAUACGAUUCAACUGAACGGAAUGUCCCAGAUGAGACAGUUCUCGAGUUUGUCUCCCGUCUUAUCACCAUUGCACCGACAACGCAGAAGGAAUUCGAUGAUGCCCAGAGGCGUUUGCGAAGGGAGUUCAAAAUUGCUGUCUCUAAAAGCGUGAUGCUUGCGGCAUACGAGCAAUUGACAUCUGGAAAUGAUAUGUCGACAUCUCUAGACCAGUUUUUAGUGAAGAAGGUAGUUCGAACCCACUCAGGUGUUGUCGUUGUUACUGUACUAACAAGCCCCGGGUCAUUCAGCUGCCCUAAAGACUGCCAUUAUUGCCCCAAUGAACCAGGGCAGCCGCGCAGCUAUCUUUCCACAGAGCCGGCUGUCCUUCGUGCAAAUCAAAAUGGUUGGGACGCUGCGCUUCAAUUUUGGGAUCGGGCGUCCACUCUAGACAAUAAUGGACACACAAUUGACAAAAUCGAAGUUCUUGUUUUGGGUGGCACUUGGAGCGGCUAUCCACGGUCAUAUCAAGAGGAGUUUAUCCGAGAUUUGUUUUACGCUGCAAACACUUAUCAAGAUUUCUCAGUUGCGGGGCGCAAGACAAAGCAACAGAAGCCAGGAGCAGGGGGGCACCCUCUUCCGGAAACACCAGAAGGUUUGAGACCACGAUUGACUUUAGAAGAAGAGCAGCAUAUUAAUGAGGGAGCUCAAUGCCGCAUCAUCGGACUCACACUGGAAACCCAUCCAUUGCAUUGUACGUAUUGUCAGGUUGAUAUUCAUUUAAUGCCAGAUCUCCCAGGAAGCUCGCCUCAAUUAGAUAAACAAAUGUUUGAAUUUGUGCUCUCAUCCCCUCUGUUACAAGUGGAUCAGUGGAAAAUCUAUCCUUGCGAAGUGACCCCAUUUUCUGAAAUCGAGCGGUGGUACAAAGAGGGAAAAUUUGUUCCUUAUGCCGAGCGAUUUGACGGUCAGGAAUUGAUUCAGUUAUUAGUGAAGGUUAAAUCUGCUGUUCAUCCCUGGAUCCGUUUGAAUCGGGUGGUUAGGGAUAUUCCAAAUCCGUCGAUAAUUGCUGGAAACGAUCGAACAAAUUUGAGACAAGUCUUGCUGUCGUGCAUGUCCAAGAGAAACCUGGCUUGUCGUUGCCUACGGUGCCGAGAAGUGAAGACUGAGCUUAUCGACCCAAGUGUUGGGCAGUUGAAGGUGCGCCGCUAUGACACAUUUGGUGGGGAGGAGUAUUUUAUUUCGUAUGAGACAGAAGAUGAGAAAAAGCUCUUCGGAUUUCUUCGUCUUCGGCUGCGUCACACUGAUUUGGAAGCGACAACCAAUCCUGACCCAAAGUUGGAUUUGGAGAAAACAUUUCCAGAACUCAUUGGAUGCGGAUUAAUCAGGGAGUUGCAUGUUUAUGGGCAGCUCGUUGGGUCUCGUGAACAACGCAUCGUGAAUGACACCAGGUCGCAACAUACUGGAUUUGGAAGGCGCCUUAUUGCAGCUGCAGAAAUAAUAUCCCUAGCGCGCGGUUUACAACGGGUGGCAGUCAUUGCAGGAAUCGGAACUCGGGACUACUAUAGAAAGUUUGGUUAUGCAGUGGAAGGACACUUCAUGACCAAAGGUGUAACAAAGGAGGCUGUCAAGGAUUGGAUAACUCAGCUGAAUGUGCAGCUACCAAUAGAGAUUCAAUUAUAUAACACAGAAACCGAUCUGGGACUACUGGAUUGUGGUGUCGAUACAGCGGUCUCUAAUGAGGUCCAAAUGGAGGUUCAAACGAGAACCGAAGGUCGCAAGAAUAGACGCGAUCAGCAUCGAGCAGUAAAACCAGAUAUUUUAACUCCAUUUGGGACAAACUGCUCUCCCCAAGUGAAGAGCCAUUCUGAUGGUGUUGCUUUCGCAUUUUUGGAUCGAGUUCUACAAGGGAGAUCGCAUUUCUUUAUACUUGAGUCCCGUUUUGCACAAACUGUUUUCGCUUUAGGGGUUUUGGCUUUCACUGCUCUCUGGUACUCUCGUCGUCGAGCUUUGUGA